CGCGGACCGACAGCGGCUGCUGGGAGAUGAGUGUGACCGGGAAGCAGCAGCCUGAGCUGAUCCAGAGACCCGCCAGCCUCCCGGUUCCAACUUCGACAAAAUCAGGAAUUGCUUUGCUGUACGAUGAGGAGAGCAACAAUACGUACGAUGUCUGCCUGAAAUUGACCAGAGACGCAUUAACCAUACAGAAGCUGGAUGUGGUUUGCACAAGUGGAACUGAAUCCCAAGCAAAUCACAGAACUGUUGUACUGCGAAGACAAGCGACUGGCGGCCUGGGCUUAAGCAUCAAAGGAGGUGCAGAGCACAACGUGCCAGUGGUCAUUUCAAAGAUUUUUAAAGAUCAAGUAGCCGAUCAGACGGGGAAGCUGUUCGUCGGGGACGCCGUGCUGCAGGUCAAUGGCAUAAAUGUAGAGCAGUGCACCCAUCAGGAAGUUGUUCACCUCCUGCGUACUGCAGGCGAUGAGGUCACCAUCACCGUUCGCUACCUGCGAGAAGUCCCAUCGUUUCUCAAACUGCCUCUGGGGUCUCCAGGGUUGGAUCACAGGCGAGCGUCUUCCCCACUCUUUGACAGCGGUUUGCAUUUAAAUGGAAAUGGAAGCAACACGACUCAGUCACCCCCUUCGCCCUCAGCUAAUGAACCAAAGUAUGAGAAACGUUGGCUGGACGCCGUCUGCCUGCCCCUGUUGAUGGCCAGAGUCUCCAGAUACAAAGGCACAGAUAAAUUAAGAUCCAACUAUUUUGAAGUGUUGGCCUUGGAUGGUGCCAACACCAACAUCCUCCAGUUUUGCACUGCAGCAGAAAGCACAGACUGGCUGCAAGCAAUUUCUACAAACAUCAAUGAGCUGACGCAGGAGAAUAUAAAAAUCAUCAACAAAUACUGCUCUGGAGAUGAUCAGAUCGUACAAAUGGGCUGGGUCUGUGAAAGUCACGAGGGGAGAGCCUCUGGUCGAACUUCAGUUUUCAAGUUCCUGGCCCUCAGAGGCCCAUAUUUUUAUAUCUUCAAAGGUCCACCGAUCAGUGCUGCUGACUGGGGACAAGCUGAGACAACUUAUAACCUCCAUGAGGUUCUUUUCAAGGUUCAUAAGCUGUGGAUGGCAGAGGACUGCUGGCUCCAGGCGAGGCUCUAUCUGGGCCUGGAGCAUUCUCCUGAGCAGCAGGACAGCGAGUCCCUUUGCUUCAGUAUUCUGGUGGGCCACGGCCAGAGCCACACCUUCAGGGUAGAACUGGCCACUGAGCUGGCUAUCUGGGAGAAAUCCUUCCAAAAGGCAGUCUUCUUGGAAGUGCAGCGAAUACAAUCCAGAAGCUACGUGUGCAGCAGCCAGGGGAACGUUCUGUGCUUCACCAUAGACUUCGCUUCAGGCUUCACCUGCUCUGAAGGCCCUUCAAAGGCCGUUCUGUGGCGAUACAAGUUCUCUCAACUUAAAGGCUCCUCCGACGAUGGAAAAACCAGGGUAAAGCUGCUUUUCAAGAAUGCUGAAAGCAACCAAAUAGAAAUGAAGGAACUUGAGUUUGCUAACCUAACAGCCGUCCUCCAUUGUAUCCAUUCUUUUAUUGCUGCCAAAGUGGCCUCCAUGGACCCACUCUUUAAGUACAGUCAAAGCUUCCCUGGAAGUUACACAAACAGUUAA